AUGCGAUCUCUCCCCGCGGGCGUCCAACGCUGGACCACAAAGCACGUGGUGGGUAUGUGCGGUGUCGGCAAGUUUAAGGUACGCUGGGGAUAUGACACAUCUGCUGCAUGCCCAUGCUGUGGCGAGUUUGAAGAUCACCUACACGUACCUCGAUGUAGGGCUCCAUCCGCCAGCGCUGAAUGGGAUCGCCAGACAGUGGCCCUGGACUUAUGGCUGGACACUCAAGUGACAGAUCCGGCCAUCAAACAUGCCCUCCUCUCCCUUCUUAAAGGGGUUUGCAAUCCAUCCCUCCCGUCCAUUCGAAUGGUACCAGGUUGUCUGAGCAGCGCCUUCCGCUCCCAGCAACGCAUUGGUUACCAAGGCUUGUUGGAAGGAAGAUUGUCCCGCCAAUGGGCACCAUUGCAGGAGGAAUAUCUGCAGUCGCGCGGGAGCCAACGCUCUCCGACCUUAUGGGCCUCACGCCUCUCGCAUCAGUUGAUUUUGCUGGGCUUCCAGUUGUGGGAACAUUGGAACUCGGUACAACACUCGGAGGACAAUGUACAGUUACAAGAGCGCAGCCAACAGGUCAACGACGGGAUACACAACCAGUUUGCUAUGGGUCCCACUGACCUACCUAAGGUUGUUCAACGCAUGCUUUCGGUCAAGCGCCGGACAGUCUUGAACAAACCACUGGUAGACCGUGAGGAGUGGCUGAAGCUGGUGAGGAUGGAACGCACGGCCUACCACCGCGCUCUGGCGCCUCAACGCCACUACUAUGGGUGGGUCCCUGAUGAGAUUGAGGUACAUGGUGAUGAGGCUGCCUUGGCCGAUGCCCUGAUCCAGGGCCGCCUCAGAAUCAUCAGCGACGGGUCAUACAAAAAUGACCUGGGAACUGCUGCUGUUCAGCUCCUUCCCAAAGGGGGAACUGCUUGCAUUGUCAUCCGUUGUCAAACUCCAGGCCUACCUCAGGAUCAGAGUGCCUAUCGUAGCAACUUGAUUUGCCUUCUGGCUGGGAUUAUUGCGGUUGACUGGCUCCUCCAACAAUGGUUCCCAGCCCUUAGCCAGCGGCCGGGUGUCAAGAUCACCUGCGACGGCCUUUUGGCCAUUGAAAUGGCCUUUGAAGAUCAACCCCUUUCACCCACUGAUGCACAAUUUGACCUGAUCUCUUCCAUCCGGGAAGCUAUCUCUCGGUCUCCGGUGUCUUGGUCUCCACGGCAUGUCUACGGACAUCUGGACAAGUCCAACUUAUUUGAUGAACUCACUUGGUGGGAAAAGAAAAACCUGGAGGUAGAUGGCAUGGCAGUGGAUUUCCGCAAGAAACUAGAGGCCGCCCACCAACUUUUCCCCCCAAAUCCUCGGUUCUUCACGGAACUGGCAGCUCUUUUUGUGGCUGACACAAAGCAGUCUCGGCUGAGUGACCACUUCAUUCAGGAGUGCGUGACACUCCCCCGCCUGCGGCAACACUGGAGGAACCGUAAUGUGAUCUCUGAGGAGUCUGAAAACCUUAUUGACUGGGAGACACUGGGCCGCGCUAUGCGGUCACUACCUGCCGGACUCCAGCACUGGAUUACAAAACAUUGGGUGGGCAUGUGCGGCAUGGGGAAGUUCAAAGUGUAUUGGGGCCUCGAAUUAUCCGCUGCGUGCCCUCAGUGCGGUGAGUUUGAAGAUCACUUGCAUGUUCCCGUUGUCCAGCAGCCUCGGCUAGGGACAAAUGGGACCGGAGGGUGA